GCCGAUCUUUUUCUUCGCCGAAGCGAUAUCAGAUAGAGAAAGAGAGAGGGGAGGGCGUGAGAGAGAGUAUUCUUUCCGUUCUCGGGGAGUGACCGAGGACCCAGUCGCCGGAGCUCGCCGCCGGUUUCCAAAGCUCCGGUCAAGGGUCAGUUCGUGAGCCAGCCUUUACCCAUUCGGCGGUCUUUCUACAGCCGAAGAAGGAGCCCCAACUAGUCGCUCCUCACCGUCGCCGACUGAGUUCUUGAGUCGCCGAACGAGACAGGUAGGAUUCCUCUCCCGGAAGCCCCUGUUUUCUGGCCGGAGAAACUCGUCUGAGUCGAUGUAACUUUUGGAUCAAAAUCUUGACAAACUCACGCAAAUUUAGAACGAUUCAUAGUGUUUGGGAGGUUAAUGUACCAUGGCUGGAUCGAGGAAUGCUGUAGAUUUGAACUAACUAUUUGUUAUAUUGCCUGAACGAACCGCAGAAUGUUAAAGAAAAACCGAAUUUGAUCGUUAAAAUUUUAAGUAAACUAGAACAAAUUCGGAUGGAUUUAGCAUGAAAUGUGUUGAUUCACGCCUUUAUACAUUGUUUUUACUCGAAAAUUACAUCGAAUCUCUAUCGAAUCUCUCUCUGGAAUUAACCGAGGACCAACCCGUCCCUAAUAUGGGACCGGCCCAGUUGCCUUGGAAUCGGACCACGGCUAGCUAGGAGAGGCCGGUCCAAGAUCGGGCCAGAGUUGAUGCUCUCCCCAAUUAAUUUGAGUAAAUAAUUCAUUUUCUCUGAUUAAAGUAUUUAAUAUUUUUUACUUAUGAAUUUUUAUGGCGAGUAAUUUUGCUAUGAUAUUAAUGCCAUUCUCCUCGUAAGCCCACUCGAUUGCCAACCCCCAAGUUUGAAGUCGAAGACCACAUAGGAUGGAGGGAAUUCUAAAAAGCAUUUAUACACUAGACCCUUGAUUUUUUUCGUGAUUUUUAUAUAUUUCGUUAGCACGGCUUAUCACAAAUCAAAUCUACAACGCUUUAUUAUAUGUUCGUGCUUAAUUACCAUGACUCGCGGCAACAUCCUACAAUGUAGCCAAAGCAUUGUAGAAGUGUUGGGGGAUGGACAUUGAGUAGCGUUUAGAUGUCUUUUUAUCUGGGAGAUGAUUAGCGUAAAGACAUUAAAAAUCCAAUUGCAUAACCGUGACAAAAUCUCUAUCACAAUCUUCCUCAAAGAUGUCCUCAUGCACUAUUGCGUGCAUAAAAUGUUAAAUUAACGUCUACAACUCAAAAUGCUAAUCCAAAAUACUUCUUGUGUGCUGUGAUAGAACCCGAAUGAUCGCUUACAAUAACCGCUACAGCCCCCCAAUUGUUUUCAAAUUAUCAUACUUGAUUACCAGCAAUGUCAAAUCCUCAAUCCUAAUUUUAGUCACGAAUCUCUACUCGCCCUUAUUCUCCAUCAUCUCCCCUCGUUCCCCCCGAAUCACUCUCCUACUUUCAAUCGCACAAUUCAUCAAUGCCUUUCAAAUUCGCCUUCGAAUGGAACCACCAACCGCAAUACCGAACGCACCAUCAGUUCUUUCCCCGAAUAAAAAGUCACCAGCUAGCCCCGCAAGCAUCUCCUUCUACGAAACUUCCGCGAGGAGACGAAUCUGUCCUUCGGGGCGCGGACGCAGCGCCACGUGUCCCGCGGCAGCAUCGUAUUCCCCUCACAUCAUCAUCACCUUCGAGACGACGACAACAGAUGGUGGUGGGGGCAUCGGAUUCCACGAGCUCGGCAAGAGAACUUUUCCACGCAUCUAGACGAUUUGGCCUCCUUCCUCCGAUCUUCCUCGCGGCAGAAGUCCAACCCUGCGUAACGCCAUUCGCUACCCGCCACCAGGAACACGACAGGUCAAGUCAACCGCCGGUCCCCACCACCACUCUCUCUCUUGCCGGCCAUAUCAAUCCUCCGAGCCUCCAGCCAUGCCUCCCUCCGCCUCCUCCUCCUCCUCCGCCGCUGCUUCGCCGGUGGAUAGCCGCCUCCUCCGACCAUGCCGGCCGCCGCCCUCCUCCUCCUCCUGACGACCUCCUCCGCCUUCGCCGCCGCUUCUCCGCCGCGCGCCUGCGCAAUGGCCGCCGCGGUCGCCUCCACUCCCUUGCUCGCCUUCCUCGAGCGCCUCCAGGAGGCCGCCCUCGCUGCCUUCGGCCCCCGCGACUUCGACCCCAAGCUCUACAUCGACCUCUCCCUCAGGUCCGACCUCGCCUCCGUCGAGCGCGCCUUCGCCGCCCUCCCCCGCUCCCCCAACGGCUCCGUCCCCGCCGGGGACCUCAAAAAGUUCGUCGCCGCCCACUUCGGCGGCGCGGGGAGCGACCUGGUGCCCGCGCGGCCGCCGGACUUCGUGCCCGAGCCCGCGGGGUUCCUGCCCCGGGUGAAGAGCCCCGCGGUGCGGGCGUGGGCGCUCAAGGUGCACGCGCUGUGGAGCAACCUGAGCCGGCACGUGGACGACUCGGUGCGGGAGCGGCCGGACUGGCACACCUUGCUACCGCUGCCGGGGCCGGUCGUUAUUCCCGGUUCUCGGUUCAGGGAGGUGUAUUACUGGGACUCUUACUGGGUCAUCAGGGGCUUGUUAGCUUCUAAGAUGUAUGUGACGGCAAAGACGAUUGUCAACAAUCUCAUCUACCUCCUAGACACAUAUGGCCAUGUCCUAAAUGGUGCGAGGGCCUACUACACGAACCGGAGCCAACCUCCCCUUCUGAGUGCAAUGAUUCGUGCCAUCUAUGAAAAGACACAUGACAAGGAAUUUGUCGUGAAGUCUCUCCCUGCUCUUCUGAAAGAGCAUGAUUUUUGGACAUCAGGUCUUCAUCAGAUCACCGUCCAGGACCGUGACUGUAGUCAUAAUUUGAGUCGUUAUUACGCAAUGUGGGAUAAACCCAGGCCUGAAUCUUCAACGAUCGACAAGAAGUCUGCUUCAAAUAUAUCAAGCACUUCUGAAAAGCAGAAGUUCUAUCGGGAAGUAGCUUCGACAGCUGAAUCUGGAUGGGACUUUAGUACCAGAUGGAUGAGGAAUCCUGAGGAUAUUACGACACUGGCAACAACAUCAAUUUUACCGGUUGAUUUGAACAUAUACAUACUAAGGAUGGAACUUGACAUAUCCUUCUUCGGAAAAAUUGCUGGGAAUGAUAACAUUGCCAAACACUUCUUAGAAGCUGCAAAGGCUAGAGAAAAGGCCGUCAGCACCGUUUUCUGGAAUGAAAGGAUGGGACAGUGGCUUGACUAUUGGGUUGGCAAUAGCAGUUCAUGCAUGGAAGGUCAACAUUGGGAUGCUGCAAACCAGAACAAGAAUGUGUUUGCUUCAAAUUUCCUACCUCUGUGGAUCGAUGUGUUCAAUUCAGAUAAGAAUUUAGUAGAGAAAGUCGCCAAGAGUUUACGGAGUUCAGGUCUGCUCCGUGAUGCAGGGAUUGCAACUUCUUUGACAAACUCAAGCCAACAAUGGGAUUUUCCAAACGGCUGGGCCCCUCUACAGCAUAUGAUAGCUGAAGGCCUGGCUAGAUCCGGAUCCAGCGAGGCAAGGUCUUUGGCGGAAGACAUAGUUGUCAGGUGGAUAAGGACUAACUACGUUGCCUACAAGAAAACUGGUGCAAUGCACGAAAAGUAUGAUGUGCAAAAAUGCGGGGAAUUUGGGGGCGGUGGUGAAUAUAUACCUCAGACUGGUUUUGGCUGGUCGAAUGGCGUUGUGUUGGCUUUCUUGGACGAGUUUGGAUGGCCUGAAGAUCGGCGGGUAGAUUGCCAGUGAGAUUAAAACCUACCAAUGUUGGCCAACAGCAAAAUGAAAAGCUCUCAUUUAGUCGAAAUCCCCUCCUGACGUCGUACCCUAUCAGACCGAUACUUGGACUCUGUGAUAUCUAGUAAGAUCAUUACCAACCAUUUUAAAUUGUAAUAUUUAAAUACUCAAGGUCCAUUCAUUUCGCGGAAAAUAUCAUGUUUCCGGAAAACAUUUUUCUAGAAGUCAUUUUCUAGAAAAAUGACUUUUCCAGUGUUUAGUCGAAACCUAAACUUUGAGUGGAAAAUAUUUUCCACCGUUUGUUA